AUGAGAAAUUGUGACAAAAGAGACCCGAAGAAAUUCUGUAAGUAUCACAAAGAUAUUGGUCAUACAACCCUAGAAGGUUGGUUUUUACAGGAUGAGAUCAAGGAAUUGAUCAGACGAGGGAAGUUUGGUGAGUAUAAGAAGAAUGAGGAAGGUCAUCCCCGAGCGGAUGAAAAGGAAGAAAAUAAUGAUGUGAGUGGUUUGAGAACUCCUCGCAGUAUAUUGACAAUUAUUGGAGGGCCUCACAUCGCAGGAGUCUCCAGAAAAUCGCAAGAAAGAUAUGCCAAGGAGGCAAGGGAGAGGCCACUUACUAAUGUAAAUAAUUUGAGUGAGCGGCUAGAGAAAUUAUUCAUGAAGCAGUGCGAUGACAUAACAUUCAUGGAGAGCGACGCUAGGCGGGUUCACCACCCACAUGCCGACGCACUAGUCAUUGUCGUUAAUAUUAGAGGAGAUAAUGUCCACCGUAUAUUAGUGGACAAUGGAAGUUCUGUGAAUCUCCUUAACUUUCAAGCUUUUAAACAAAUACGGUUGCAGGAGAAGGAUUUGUGA